AUGUAUAACAAUCUCAUAAGUUCUAAUUUAAUGAAUCUAAAAAGAGAGUCUAGUAUUAAUUUGAUAGAAUAGAAUGAUAUGGUUCUUAUUUUUGAACCUAAAACAUUAUUCUAAUUUUUAUCAACAUUACUAUUUUAGACUGAUAUAUUUCAAUAGUAAAUCAAAACCUUAUGUUUACAACAAUUUAAAUAAAUUCAUAAAACCAUUAAUAAUGUGAGUUCUUUGGCUGAGUAUAUAAUAAAUUAGCAAUCUGAGGAAUUUGAAUAUGUAAAAGUUUUGUUAAUAAUAAAAGUUCAAUUUAGAGUUAAUAUUUUCAAUUUUUAAGGUAAAGAUAGAAUUAUACUUUAUUGAUGAUGGAUUGUUAUCUAUGAUUGUUAAUCAUGGAUAUAAUAAAACAAUAAGAAUGUUUAAAGAAGAUUAUAAUUAUUAUGAAUUGUAGACCAAUUCCUACAGGAAAAAGUUUAAAUUCAUAAGGAAGUUACUUGAUCAGACAAUAAAUUCUUUUCUAUAGAUCAGUAAAUCGCAUUCAUCUCUUAACAAAGAGAUCAUAGCGAAUGAUUUAGGAAAUAUAGGAGAAAGUGUUUAAAGUGCAAAAACUUAAAAAAUGAUAAGUAGUAUCAAGUUCCAACUUUCACACCAUAAACAAAAAAAUAUAUGAAUGUUAAAAAAGUCUUUAAUUUUCAAGUUUCUUCAGAAGAUAAAGCAGAGGAAAAAGAAGAUACAAAAUCUUUAAAAACAGUAGUAAGGUAAAUAAAAUAAAUUACAUUAGUUAAUAGAUCAUAUAAAGUUAGCCAGAAAGAGUAAUUGGAUAUUUGAAGUUCUAUAAUGAAAGUAAAAAAUAUGGAUUUUUUUUGGAUGAUAAAAAUAAUAAGGACAUAUUUGUUCAUCAAGAUGAUUUUAACUAGUCUUGUGUUGAUCCAGAAUUUUAUGAAAAAAAGAAAAAAGGAUUAGUUCCAUAUUUUAGUUAUCAAGUUAUCAUUUAUUAGGGGAAAACUCAAUAGAAUGUAAAAGCUAUAGAUAUUAAAUUUGAAAAAUAUGAUAAAUUAAAAUGA